GAGAGGAGCAGGAGCAGCCGGAGGGAAGGGCAGCAUCCCCUCCCACAGCCCCCGUGCCCAGGGGGGACAGAAAUCCGUGGUGUCCAUCCCAGGGCACCAAAGGACGUCAUCGCCAUCCCAGCGCCUUUAAACGUCAUUAACUGCUCACGUUUGGUGCGGAGAAGAGAAACAAAAUACAGGAUUUCCUGUUCUGCAGCCACCGGACCGGGCUUUCUGCAGAUGCCGGCAGGAUUCCAGCGCUCCGAAAACAUGUGGAAGUCAGAGCAGGGAUUGCUGAGAAAAUCAGUGGGGAAUAAGAGCAGGACGGCGGCUGCUCCUGCUGCCUAGCACGGCUAUGACCCCCCCCGAGCAUGGGAAGAACCCCUCCCCCUGCCGUGACCACCCCAUGAGUGAAGAGACCCGGCCAGGAUGGAGAGCAACGCGUCCUCCGGGAACUGUUCCGACCCCCAGAUGUCCUUCCAGUCCACCCUCUACGCCACCACCUACACCCUCAUCUUCAUCCCAGGGCUCCUGGCCAACAGCGCUGCCCUGUGGGUGCUGUGCAGGUUCCUCAGCAGGAAGAGCAAAGCCGUCAUCUUCAUGAUCAACCUGGCCGUGGCCGACCUGGCCCACGUCCUCUCGCUGCCCCUGAGGACCUACUACUACAUCAACCACACCUGGCCCUUUGGGAGCUUCCUGUGCCAGGUGUGCUUCUACCUGAAGUACCUCAACAUGUACGCCAGCAUCUGCUUCCUCAGCUGCAUCAGCAUCCAGCGCUACCUGUUCCUGCUGCACCCCUUCCGAGCCAAGGGCUGGAAGCGCCGCUACGACGUGGCCAUCAGCGCGCUGGUGUGGCUCUUGGUGGGCGCUGCCUGCCUGCCCCUCAUCAUCGUCAGGAGCCCAGCCCUGUCCAACUCCAUCAACAGCUGCUUCUCGGACCUGGGCGUGAAGCAGCUCAGCCCCGGCGCCGCCAUCGCGCUGGUGACGGUGGCCGAGCUCUUCGGCUUCGUCAUCCCCUUCGGCACCAUCGCCUGGUGCACGUGGAGGAUGUGGCACUCGCUGAGGGAGGGCCCCACGGCGCUGCAGGACGCCGGCGAGAAGCGCAAGGCGCUGAGGAUGGUCCUCAUGUGCGCCGCCGUCUUCUUCAUCUGCUUCACGCCCUACCACAUCAACUUCCCCUUCUUCAUGAUGGUGAUCGAGAACGUCAUCCGGGACUGCGCCCUGCACCGCAGCACGCUGAGGUUCCACCCCAUCUCCCUGUGCCUGGCCAGCCUCAACUGCUGCCUGGACCCCGUCCUCUAUUACUUCAUGACCGCCGAGUUCCAGGCGCAGCUGCUGCGCCACGGCUGCGUGGCGCUGAGAGCGCGGCUCCCGCCCCGCCGGGGCAGCGCCGCGGGCACCGACACUGCCCACGACAUCCGCGUCAGGAAGAGGAAUCUCCCUCGCCUCAAGUUCUGGUCUCUCCCCAAGUUUUUCGGGCAAAUAAACAGCAUGGAGAUCCCCGCCGUGCCGCCCGAUGAGCUGCUGCUGGAGUCCAUCUCCUGAGCAUCAGCCCUGUGUGCUGCAGAUCCAGGACCUGAUCCAUAAGGACGUUGUGAUGCCAAAAUAUUUGCUGGUUGUGUUGUUGCUGCUGGGGACUGUUGUCUUCCAUCCCCUCAAAAGUCGUUGUUGAUGGCAAAGUUUCCCCUGUGCUGAACUGCGGUGGGUUCAGGUGCCUCAUUUCGGGUGUUUCCGUGUUUCUGCAUAUUUGCCAUUUUUUUGGAGUCCUUCUGAGCCCCGAGCUGUGAGUGAGCAGCUCAGCCCUGGCACAGCUCUGGGGAUUUCAGCCCUGAUGCUCACACAGGGCUCUGCAUCAGGACAGUUCAUUAUCUCCACAUGAACUGAACCCUUUUCCACUACAAAAAUCCAUCACCAGGGUCCAAUCCACCCUUAUCUGGACUGCAAGACUAUAACCAAGCAAGCAGUGUUAACUUUUAUCACAUCAGUGUUAUAAGGAAGGGUUCAAACAAACUGGGCUCAGCUCACACUGCUGGAAAAGGCGCCCAGAGCUGAGCCAAAGGAUCCACCUGGCUCCUGGGAGCUGCAGUUGCUCAAUAUUUGGAUGAAAAAUUAUCACAGCUAUGCCACAAGCAAAGAGGGAGAUGUGCCACCUCCCAGGGCACAUUAACUCACAGAGCUCUGGUGUGAGCUGCAAGAACAGGGACUUGACGUUGGUGUUUCUUGUGUUGUUCUUGGGAGUCUUGUGUUAUUUGUCGUGUUGCUGACGCGUGUGGUUGCACAUGAAGAUGUUAUCCAAACCUUCAGUUUUGCUUUGAACACCAAAAGCCAUCCCAACCCCCACUGGGUACUGAGAAAAUUUACAAAACUGACUCCAGUAGACCCUGACAGCU